UCAACAACAACCACAUCAUAUUUCUCGGCCUAUGCAACCAGAUCUAGGUUUAACUCUUGGCAGAGGAAGUCCUCAAGGUGGUCAAAAACGGAAAGGGAGAGUAACUAAACAACCAAAAUUACCUAAAAAUAAAAAGGCCAAGACCCAGCAUCAAACCGCUAUAGAUCAACAACGCACUGUACAUCAACUACAACCAUUCAUGCAUCAACCGCACGCCGAAAUACCUCAGCAGCACCUCACAAUACCUCAGCAACACUCUGAUAUAACUCAACUACCUCCCGCUAUUCCUCAGCAACAACAUGCUUUACCUCAACAACAAGCCGAUAUACCUCAACAACAAGCCGAUAUACCUCAACAACAAGCCGAUAUACCUCAACAGCAGCUCUUUCUUAUAUCAUUUGAUCAUCAAAAAGGACAAAACGAGUUGAGACAACGAAUGACAGAAUUUAUACAACAAAUACCUCAAAAGUUCCGUCGAGCAAUGACUCGAUAUAUGGAAGAGCUUCUUACGUAUUUACCAAAUCCACAAACACAGCCUCCAACCCUGACAACUCUUGAAGGUAUUCAACAUGUCUUGUCAGGUCCUCCACUGACAGAACAGGCAAGAAAAACACUAGAGUUCUUGGGUAAAGUAAAUACAGCUGAGUUUAAUGAACAGAAUAGCUUGUAUGGAAAUAUUGAAGAACUUUUGGAUGUUCCUUCAAAUGAGCCAGUUAAAAAGAAUUUAUCUGAAGCAUAUCUAACUAAAAAUUAUGAAUAUCUUACUAGAUCGCAUCUAAGAAGACUACUAAAAGAUUAUCUUUUAGCGCGUCUUAAUGAGUAUCAAGGGAAUAUAGAGCGAGUUUGGUAA